AUGUUGUCACGGAGCGGAAAUUUAACAUGUGAACCAGAGGAACUAGGCAUUCAUACACGUUCGUUAGCAGUGGAUGUACCUAAAAGCGGACAUAUCCUUCAACCUCAUCUUCAGUUCUCUGGGCUACCGUUGAUUUCGAGAGAUAUGUUAUCGACAGUGAUCAGUGAUACUAGAUAUAUCAGCCCAUUCACUAACAGUGAUUGUCUCGUUGCAUUGAUUCCGGGGAGUUCCGCUCCCACUCGUACGCUGAUAACGAUGUUUACAUGUGCAAGAUUUGCGCAAUGGUUGACAGAUGGUACGAGAGGGACCGUCGCUUCAUCUGGUCAGAAUGAGUUCUGGUUUGUCGGUGACUUGGUCUUUUUGUUUGCACUACUUGUUGAAAAGAGAAUGAUUUGGGUCGGUAAGUGGUCGGAGGCGAAGCAAGCAACAGAGGGAGGGAACACUGCCAAUCGAACCUCAAUCAUCGAAACAUCAUCCAUAGAAGAGACGCGACGAAGGCGUAGCUGUAAACGAAGGCGAGAACGGGACAGAGGUGUUGUAGAGAGUGAUUGA